UCAUAAAAAAAAAGAAUCCGAAAAAGUUGAUAAACAUGAGAGAUACCUGCAUUUAUGAGUCGAGAUUUUCGUCAUCGCGUAUAGCAUCUCUGCUUUGUCAUAAUUAAAGAUGGUAACUGAAGUUGCUGAUCCGUCAUAUGAUAAAAACAGGAUUAAAUUUUACGCCAAAUACGUGGCUGUAUUUUUUGUUCUGACAUUUUUUUAUGUUGUGUUUGGAAUAUUUUUAUUUUUUUACUUGGAAGAAUGUUUGCCGGAAGCCCAAACCAACAACAAAAAAACUCAAAUCCAUCGAUUUUGUUUAAAGGUAUCAAGACGUAUGAACAGUAAACACUAUAACAAUAGUAUAAAAAACACAACAAGUUUACCCCACGAAAGUGUGUCCAGUCUAGACAAAUGUAUAGCUAUGUUAGAAGGUUUCAUAGAUGAUGGUCAAACGCACCAUUUCAAACCUGAGUGUAAAUUAGACAAAGCAGAAAUUGCAACGUGGUUGGAGUUUGUUGUUGCCACCAUACAUACUAUCGGUUAUGGAAAUGUCGUACCGAACACAAGAAUUGGAAAAAUAGCAACCAUUAUUUACUCCUUGGUUGGGAUUCCACUUGUUAUUAUCUUGUACACAAAUAUUGGUAAUUUUAUAGUAAGUGCAACCCAUGUUUUCAUAAAAUGUACAGAGAAACGACUGUUAAGACGUCGCAAGGUGAAACACUUGAACGUCAAAACAUUUGUAGUUAACCUGCUUUUGUUUCUUUCAACAUUUGCUGCAGCAGCGUCUGUUUCCGUUCAUAACGAUUUAGGAAAUUGGACUUGGUUAGACAGCUUUUAUUUCUGGUGGAUUACAUUAACUACCAUUGGUUACGGAGACCAAGCUUUUGAUUUUUUCAUCUACUUCGAAAACCAUCCGUUACUUGUCCUACCUGUCAUUUUGUUUGUCCUACUUGGUAUGGCUUUGGCUGCUGCUAUGAUUACUACGCUACUCACCAUAUUCUUAAAACGAGACAAUGAUAAAAACAACACGAAUUGUAGUCGUUUGAAGAAACGAGACAGGUAUUCAUCUUACAACCACGUGUUCGGUAUACAACAGUCGUCGGAUGAAGAAGACAAACAAUACUUAUGGGAACUCAUAGGUAGCAAUCAUUCAAACGAAAUAAAACAAUCAACGCUGUAAAAAUAGUGGACAUAAAACAACGCACUCAAUCAUUAAUUCUUGAAUUUGAUUGGGUGAUUGAGGAAUUUGUCAUUUAAAUUAAAUCUAAACCAAUCAGAAUAAUAAGUUGGCAUGUAUAAUUUAACGUGACGCGAUCUUAAUUUAAUACAAAUCUAGCAGAACUUUUA